GGAAGGUGUCUCACGACUGGGUGCCAUAACCUGCCUGGCACAAUGCGUCCUUUUCCUGACGACAAACCGCUCUAAACAUCUGAAUUUUCAAAGUUCUUCGGAAUAUCUUAAUACUAUGGAAUAUUGAUUGAUUCCGACUAUGAACAUCACCACCGUAUUGCUGAUGAAGCCUUCAUGUGAGAAUGCUAUCUACAACAUGUGCGUUGUUUUACUGAGAACACCAAAGAUGUAUUAGAUUCACCCCGUUGACUACCCCAUGCCGCUCAAGGCAUGACGACUGAUGCUCCCUCCGGUUCCAUCAUCGCAGAAACUUCCAAUCUUACCACCAGCACAGAAGCUGCGCACAUUCUACCACUCACAGGACUAGAGACUCCACGUCCCCUUGUCCAGAUCGUCUUGGAGACUCUCACAUUAUGUGUCAUCUGGCUUUUCGUAGUCUGCGGAAACGUUCUCGUCUGUAUUGUGAUCUACAGGAGCAGGCGCUUGCAGUCGACUACAAAUUAUUUCGUCGUUUCACUUGCCUUAGCUGACGUUACGCUCGGCAUUCUAGUAAUGCCGUUCAUCCUUGUUCGGGUUUUGUCGGAAAACACAUGGACCUUUGGCUCAGGGAUGUGCAAAUUCGUCCGCUACGUCCAAUACACCUGCCCAGGAGUCACAAUGUAUGUGUUAGUGGGUGUUUGCGUUGAUAGAUACUACACGAUCAUUUAUCCCUUAAGUUUUAAAGUGACGCGAAGUGGUGCUAAAAGAAUCAUCACCGGGAGUUGGGCUGUCAUGCUCAUUCUGUCCGCUCCCACGGUAUAUUUUUUCGAAACUCAGACCAGGUUACCACCAGACUCCUUUUGCCUAACGUAUAUUCCCUUUACGUGGCAAGGGACGCUUUACACCGCGUUCCUCAUCACGGUAGAAUACAUUGUCCCCGCUGUAACGCUGGUUGUGGGGUAUACGCGAGUUUGCAAACAUAUCUGGACGGUGGGAAUCGGGGGGAGGACGUUCCAGAGAACUACCAACCCUGUCCCGAGAACUAAAGUCAAAGUCAUGAAAAUGUUACUGAUUCUGAACGGAUUUAUGUUGGUGCUACUGUCUCCAUUCUAUUGCGUCCAGAUUUGGUAUUUCAGCGCGAGGAUUCAUUUUAUGCAACCUACAAUAUUUGUAACAGUAUCGUGGUUGGUGUUCUUCGCUGGGAUGGCCAAGCCACUCAUCUACCUGAUCUACAAUUCAAAUUUCCGCCGAGGGUGCAAGGAGGUCCUCUGCAUGUCGGCGAUGAAGUGUUACCGCCGCAACAUUUAUUCCGUCACGACAAUGUCAACGAUUGGGAAGAAAAACCACGUGGGUAUGGACAGUUCGUUGGCAACUGGCCCUCAAAUGAAUUCACCUACGAAGGCAUUUAAUCGGGCUUCGCAGAUUCAUCGGACAGCCUGGCCCUUGUUAAAUAGUUCGCCAAGCGCCCCAACGACGUAUUUAUGAUCGUUCGGUGUUUAUACUAAACCAACAAAGAGGUGAUUUGCCGAGAGUAGACAUAAUUCGCCAAAGAAAGAUGCACUGGCAACUCGGCCGUAGACUCCUUUGCAGUCCAUUUCGUCAUCCUCAUUAUCGUUUUUCCUCAAGUACCGGGUGACAGGACUAGACCGGUCCACCACGUCUGGAGUGUACUCGGCGGUUGAAUCCCGUCCGUCAGUACGCUCUUAUUACACUCCGGGCGCAGUGGACCGGCCUUGUAAGUAGAUCCAAUUAGAAUGGACUGCCCCGGGUGUCUACUUGCUCCUCCGAAUUUCUGAACUUUGAAGCCAGUAACACAUGUUGUUGAUCGUCUCUUUUCACCGGCGUUGCGUGGUAAUUUCUACGCGCAAAAAUACGCAUUGUUAGUACAUCCGUUGAUUCCGUUUCUUUGGACCAUAGUGGUUCAAAGAAGGGGCAAAGUAUAGUUCGGGAUAUGCCUCUUUCUUGUUUAUAAUUUACAUAACCCUCGCUGUCGUAGCUAAACCGAGGCAGGGGAACCAGGCGAGUUGUACAUUGUCGUCCUCACCAUUUCUCUUGCUGCCUUGAAAAAUUGGUUUAUAGUAUUUUCACGGAUAUUUUUUUCAUGAAAUGACAAAAUAAAAGUUAUUUUUUAA